AUGUCUGGCCUUGAGGCCCUCGGCAUCGCCGCCAGUAUCAUACAGGUCGCUGAUUUGGGCACUAAAUUAUCUGUCAAACUCUUCUCCCUCUACCGGCGGGUUAAGAACGCCAACGACACUGUCCAGCUCUUAUCAAACGAGAUCGCACUCGUUAGUGCCAUUUUGCGUGAGCUAGGCGACAAUUUGAAGGAGAAGGAGUCAUCUAAACUCUGUUCAGAUGAGGCAUUUCGCACUCUAGCCCUUGUUCUGACUCAGUGCCAGGACGUACUUGGACAGAUCCAGAGAGUGGUUGAUAAUAAUGAGCAGGCUGGAAAGGGUCGCUUUCAGCAAGUCACUGGAAAGUUCCGGAUAGUACUACUUGAGCCGAACUUGGAUCAAUUAAAAAGUACCUUAGAAAGGCUGAAGUCGACGAUGCUACUUCUGCUUAAUGUGAUCAUGUACGCGGGUCAGAUCCGAAGCAACAAUAUUCCAACCAUAGUCCAAGAACAGCGUGACUUGCUGGAAAAUUUGUUAGAAGAAAGACAAGCUCGAAACCAAAAAUCACGGCAGGGUCAUACAGCCAUGGAAUCUUCUCAAGGUCUCUCGACAGAGACGACACACAGCAGGCCAGCCCACGGUAGUGCCGACAAAACGUAUAAUCAUAAGCACGAUCCAAGAACCCACCGAUCGAUCUUAAGGAAUCAAUCUUCACGGGAUUCAGUGGGAUCCACGGACAAUAGUGAAGGUCAGAUUGGAGCCCACAUAGCUACGGAAGGCAAUACCUCCACUGAGCUCAGGGAAUACAAUAUCCUUAUACAAAGCAUGCUUGAUGAGGUUGAAUCAUGCAAAAGCAAGCUUGAGAAAGAUAGGCACUCACGAAUCAGGGAUGGUGUCCUAAAUAUCCACUCCGGAGAGAUCACGCGAUUCCAAAUCGAACAUGGACCCUCGAUUUACAUUGAUCACUCGCUUUUUGCCGUCCAAAAAUCUAACAACAGCCUCAAGCCAAAAUUCACUAGUCCUUCUCCUGCCCCGGCAAGCUCAUACCAUUCAUCACAAUCGACGAAAAGGUUCAUGGAAGACUUCAACUCAGACGAAUCGGAUUUAUCCGAAACCUACCUGGCCAUUCGUGGCCGGAAAGGCCGCACCUCAUUCAAUCAUCCCCAAGAAGCCAAAGGAACCUCCCCGAUGUCGGUGCAACAAUCCUUAAGCAAGUACCACUCACUCAAGCUGGGCAAACGGCGUUCUUUCGAGCGAAUUAGGCCAGAGAUGACCAUAUUCGACGAGCAGGUGCAAGGCAACAAGCCACGACCGAUACGGCGGUCAGCGUACGAUGAUUCGGAUGGAGAAGAAGGCGUGCGGUCGUCGUCAUGGUAUGUUGCCAGCGGGGUCUCUCGCGAAUCCUCUCCCUUCCAGCGCGAUCACGAGCUUGUCAUGGACCAGCACAUUCUCGAGAGGAACGACUCCCGCCAUGACAUAGAGAUCUGGAAGCAGCAGCAGGAAAUCGAGCGUCUGGAGCGUAAGCUGGAACAGGAGCGUAUCUCGCAGAAGGAAAAGGAACGCUACCAAAACAGCAGCACGGGACCCUGCAUAAGUGACCAGAACCACUCGCCCAGGCACCACUCCCGGGAUAGCUCCCGUCCAUACAGGCCACCUGGCUCUCAACGGCUGCUGGAAGACCAAAACAUAUCAUCCAUUGACAGCAAAGAUAAUGCGCGGCAGACUGUCACCAUUGGUCCACCUGCACAGGAAGAUGCUAAUGCUACAAUACCCCCCAAGGGUAUCUUGCAGCCUCAGCGUGAAAGCUUUCCUGAAGGACCAAAUCCGCUAAGUGAGGGUGACCCUCCGUUCGAACAGGCCCACAAGAAGGACCUUUUGCCUGACCAAUGGUGGACCAAAAUUGACCGGCGAUUAGUCAGUCCUGCGGCAUUGAGGGCUGGUCAUGAGCUAUUCGAAGAGCGGACGGAUGCCAUCGUUGUGCUAAGGGUCUUAAGCAAAGAAGAGAUUCAGGCAUAUGCUGCCAAGACAUUAGAGCUCAGUGGCUGUUCCUCUGCUUACACCACUUCCAAUAGUAGUGACAAUGAACGUGCGCCUGGGAAUGAAUCGCCAGAGAGACUACCCAUCUUCGACAUUGCUCCACAGGAGAGCGCGAUGUCUGGGCGACGCGAUGAUGAUGACUACAAACAGAACUUUUUUGAAGACUUCUUGCUGCCAGGCAAUGUCGAAGAGUUGUUGACGCAGUGGACCACUCUUAACAAGCAAGAGAUUCAGCGUGGUCAGUUCUCGGCAGAUUAG